AUGUACGUCGAACAAGGACCAAAUCGCAAGCGCUACACCCGUACCGACUCUCAACACCUCUACGAGCUCCUCAACAACACCGACCCAUCACGCAAAGACGAAACCGGCGCAUUCUACAUCGCACAGAUGAUCCACUACGGACUUCGGCCGGUAACAACGAAGCAAGCGGCGAAGAGGAAGUUGUUGGAGGCAUUUGGGGAUGGGAAGACGUUGAGGGUUCCGAAGAGGUUGUUGGGGUUGGAAGAGGAUCUGAAGGAGAAGUGGAAGGAGGAGUUUGGAUGGAUGAAGGAAAGGGCGGAGGAGGAGCAGAGGAGGCUGGAGAAGGAGUGGGAGGAGAAGACUGAUGAGUCACGGAAGAGAAAGGCUGCUGACGAAGAGAGCCCGGGUUCGCGAAGAAAGCGAGCCAAAACGCGCAACAGUGGUAGUGGCGAAGAGCUCCAACCAACCGACCUCGCAUGCAGAUACACGAUCAAAGCUCCCUCCAUCGCAGACGAAUGGCCCGACGACUGCGUCCGCCCGCUCAAACUGACGCUCUGCCCCUCCAAGCGUACAGGCAAGCACCUCUGGGGGCACUUUCACUUCGGCGUCAUCAAAGGCACCAUCCGAUGCUCGCGCACACCCUCGCAUGUUGGCGAAACAGUCGACUUUGAAUGGCGCGGGCAUGAACAGGGCGAAGGAGAGAUGUAUACCGAUGUGGGCAUGUUGACGUUUCUGGGCGACGGGAAGAUAUGCGGGACAAUGGACUGCGGGUUCUUCUCGGAGCCAUGCACGUUCAGUGGCGUGCAGGAUAUGACUGCCGCAGCUCGCCGACCCGUGUCUGCGCAAGUGCUCAAGAAGUGGAAGAAAGAGUACAGGAAGAUCAAUGAUGUCUCGAUUAGAUGGGAGGGGAAGUGGAAACGCUUCGAGGGCGGAGGUGACUACGACGAGGGGCCAGCCGCGUCUGAUAGCUCUGGUCUUGACGCUUAG